AUGGCGCGGAGCGGGGUGGGGGCAGAGGAGGCCUCUCUGCGUUCCAACGCGUUAUCUUGGCUGGCCUGUGGGCUGCUGGCUCUGCUGGCCAAUGCCUGGAUCAUCCUCAGCAUCUCAGCCAAACAGCAGAAGCACAAGCCGUUGGAGUUGCUGCUCUGCUUCCUAGCGGGCACACACAUACUCAUGGCGGCUGUACCCCUCACCACCUUUGCUGUGGUGCAGCUGCGGCGCCAGGCUUCCUCCGACUAUGACUGGAACGAGAGUAUCUGCAAGGUCUUUGUGUCCACUUACUACACACUGGCCCUUGCCACUUGCUUCACAGUCGCCUCACUCUCCUACCAUCGCAUGUGGAUGGUGCGUUGGCCCGUCAACUACCGUCUCAGCAACGCCAAGAAGCAGGCGCUGCAUGCAGUCAUGGGCAUCUGGAUGGUCAGCUUCAUCUUGUCCACACUACCCUCCAUCGGCUGGCACAAUAAUGGCGAGCGCUACUAUGCCCGUGGCUGCCAAUUCAUAGUCUCCAAGAUUGGCCUUGGCUUUGGUGUCUGCUUCAGCCUCUUGCUACUUGGGGGCAUUGUCAUGGGGCUGGUCUGUGUGGCCAUCACCUUCUACCAGACGCUGUGGGCCAGGCCCCGGAGGGCUCGGCAGGCCCGGAGAGCAGGGGGUGUUGGUGGGAUCAAGGGGGGCGGGCCAGUGGGCUUGGGUACCCGACCAGCCUUUGAUGUACCAGCCAUUGUGGUGGAGGAUGCACGAGGGAAGCGGCGAUCCUCACUGGACGGCUCUGAGUCUGCCAAGACAUCCCUGCAGGUCACCAACUUAGUCAGCGCCAUCGUCUUUCUCUAUGACUCACUCACAGGGGUACCCAUCUUGGUGGUGAGCUUCUUCUCCCUUAAAUCGGACUCGGCUCCACCGUGGAUGGUGCUGGCAGUGCUGUGGUGCUCCAUGGCACAGACGCUGCUACUACCCUCCUUCAUCUGGUCCUGUGAGCGGUACCGUGCCGACGUGCGCACCGUGUGGGAGCAGUGCGUGGCUAUCAUGUCUGAGGAGGAUGGUGAUGACGAAGGGGGCUGUGAUGACUAUGCAGAUGGCCGAGUGUGCAAAGUUCGCUUUGAUGCUAAUGGGGCCACAGGACCAGGCUGCCGGGACCCCACCCAGGUGAAGCUGCUGCCUGGAAGGCAUAUGCUCUUUCCCCCUCUUGAGCGGGUCCACUACUUACAGGUCCCUCUGUCCCGUCGUCUGUCCCAUGAUGAGACCAACAUCUUCUCUACCCCUCGGGCACCAGGCUCCUUCCUACACAAGUGGUCAUCCUCUGAUGACAUCCGGGUCCUCCCAGCUCAGAGCCAGGCCCUGGGGGCCCCUCCUGAGUAUUUGGGACACCACCGCAGGCUGGAGGAUGAGGAGGAUGAGGAAGCUGAAAGUGGGGGACUGGCUAGCCUCCGACAAUUCCUGGAGGGUGGAAUUCUGGGGGCAGGUGGGGGGCCCCCACGGGGCCCUGGCUUCUUCCGGGAAGAGAUCACCACCUUCAUUGAUGAGACACCUCUGCCUUCUCCAACUGCCUCACCAGGCCCUUCUCCUCGCCGGCCCAGGCCACUGGGAUUGUCACCCCGCAGACUUUCCCUUGGGUCCCCAGAUAGUAGAGCCAUUGGACUUCCUUUGGGGUUAAGUGCAGGGAGACGCUGCUCUUUGACAGGGGGAGAGGGGAGUACAAGAGCUUGGGGAGGAUCCUGGGGCCCAGGUAACCCCAUAUUCUCCCAGCUGACCCUAUGA